GGGUUUUUGAGUUCGCAGACCCAGGGGUCGAUGAUGUAACAGCGGACCUUAGGGUAGCCAUGGUCGGGAGUUUUGAAUUGCCCAGUGAAAAUGUGCAAAUGAAGCUGCCGCCCUUCCUGCUGGAGAGACUGGGCGGAUUGGAACUUGUUAGAGAAGCAGUAGCCGAUCUUGUGAACCUGACGUAUGAAGAUGUGAUGGUAUGUCGAGAAUACUACCGGGCCUUCUUGGAAAUGGGACCGUUUUGUGGAGAGCGGAGGCUACGUAAAGAAAUGGCAACUGAGGAAGGGAUCGAUAACCAGCAGAGCGGAGGGAAUCAGGGCACGAAUGGGGAUGGGGAACGAAACGAGGGAUCAGCGAGGGAUCGAGAGUCAGUCAAACUGGAGGGAACCCAAGAAGACGGAAAGGACUUCUCAGUUGGAGAAAGCUUGGGGAAAGCCGGAGGUAACAAAAGAGGUCCUCAGGAAAACAAGGAAGGGGGAAACGAUAUGAGAACAAGAUUGCGGAACUCAGCAGGAACCACUCCUAAAAAGACAAAAGUUUCGGAUACCAGUCGUAAAUUGGCAGACAUAGAAAAGCGGACUGCAGAGUUUAAGGCAAGACUCAUCGAGCAGAUGAUGGUCGAGGACGAGGAGGACCCCCAGGGCGCAGGAUCACAUGAGGGACGCAGGGCCGGUCAGGACGAGGUUAGGUACGAGGGGAAGGAUAAUAGUCGCAAAGAAACGCCUAGCAAGAAGGGGAGGGACAAGAACGACCCCCCGGUGGAGGGUGCGGAAAACGCUAUGACCCCGCCCGCCAUUGACAGCGGCACUAGCCGACUGCCAGCCACUCCAAAAGUAACAGGGGCAUGCGACGGACUUUGGAGCCUUAGGGAAAGGGUGCUAGGAUGGAAGCCCAAUAAGACGCUCAGGUGGAUCCAGGACCUGCAAAAGCUCAAUGCGGUAACAAUUAGGGACGCAGGCUCGCUUCCACAGGCCGACUUGCUGGCAGAAUCUCAUGCGGGGCGGAGCAUUUACUCCCUAGUAGACUUGUACUCAGGAUAUGAUCAGCUGCCACUCGAUGCGAGGGAUAGACCGUACACCGCAAUGCACACCCCCGUAGGACAGUUGCAGAUGCAAGUGACCCCUAUGGGUUUCGCAAAUGCGGUUGCAGAGGCGCAGAGGAGGAUGCUCGCCGUCACAGGAGAUAUGUUUCCGGAAAAGUGUGAACCAUAUAUAGAUGAUAAUCCCGUAAAAGGCGCAAGGUACAAGGACGAGACGGAGGUCGAGCCGGGUGUGCGAAAAUUUAUCUGGGAUCACCUGCAGGAUAUCAAGGAUCUCCUACAGCGGUUCUUGCUCUAUAAUAUUACCGCAAGUGGGCCGAAAAGCAUCUUGGCUGUCCCGGAGGUAACUAUACUGGGAUUCCGCUGUGGGGCCUAUGGGAGGAGACCCGACCCAGCAAAGACAGAUAAGCCGACACCCCUGCGUACCACGACGAAAGUGCGAGCCUUCCUAGGGGUGGUUGGAUUCUGGAGGAUCUUCAUCAAAGGUUUCGCAAAGAUAGAAGAACCUAUCCGCGCGAUGAUUAGGGAGGGAGGCACCAUGGAUUGGAUCGAGGAUAGGGAAGAGGCAGCACAGACCCUGAAAGACAUCCUGUCGUCCGAUCAAGUUAUCUUAGCAGCACCCUUCUUCAGUGACGAGGUAGGACGGCCCUUCAUCCUAGAGACAGAUGGCGGCCCAAUGGCAGUAGGAGGCGUAUUGAUACAGAAAAGCGAGGAGGGCAAGGAAAGACCAAUCAGAUUUGAGAGUAGGACCUUGAAUUCAGCAGAACGGCGGUACUCGCAGUUCAAGAAGGAGGUCUUAGCCAUCCUACAUUGCCUAAAGACCUUCCAGGCAUAUCUGUUUGGGAGGCGAUUCAUCUUAAGGAUUGAUCCCACCAAUGUUGCCGGGGCACUGAAGAAUUACAAGCCUAUAGACCCGACCGUCGGCAGAUGGAUAGGCUUCAUAUGGCAGUUUGACUACAAGGUCGAGCGGAUCACGGGGCUUCGAAACAGGGCAGACGGGCUGAGUAGGGUAUGCAUCACGCCAGAGGGAAUAGAGGACGCGGAACCAAUUGACGCCUUCCUAGAUUACGAAGGGGAGACUCUUGUUGUGGAUAACGAAAUGGCUGACACAACACUUACAACGGGCCAGCUGCUGAUCCAGACUUUGGAAAAAGGCACACCUGCGGUAGUUGCAGAACUCAGGGAAGGACCAGUCACCACAGUCAGACGCAAAGAGGAAAAGGACUCGUGGGGAGCAGAAGUAGGGACCAGAGAGGAGCUGAUGGCAAUGGCCAUGGAAGGGGGACGGGACGCCGUGAUGACGUUGGCCGAAACUUGGGUGCAGAAGGAGUGCCAGUACCUAGUCAACCAGACCCGGGAGGAGCAGGGUACGGAUCAGAAGAAACAAGAAUUCUUCCUCAUACACAUGUAUGAGGGCAUCUUUAGAGAAAUCGGCUUGCUGCUUGCAGGGAACAAACAGCCCACGGAAGUCAGUCCCAAGGCAAGGGAGGAAGUCGAAAAGUAUGUCUUAAGAAACGGCCACCUGUUCAAGAAAGAGGAAGGGAUGAUGCCUAGGCGUGUCGUUUGUGGAAGGUCCAGGCAGCUGGACGUAAUUCAGGCAAUGCAUGAUGGGCUAGCUGGAGGUCACCGGUCGUCUAAGGGGACACUUGCAAAGAUUUUGCCCUUGUAAUUCUGGCCAGGAAUGGCAGGCAUGGUCGCACCGUACUGUCAGACAUGUUUGAUAUGCCAAGAAAGGAGCUCCGUGCGAAUUUACGAGC